AUGGCAAUUCUCAAUUAAAUAUUACUAGACUUCUAUAUUAGAGAUUGGAUAUUUUUGAUUCCUUUAUAAAUAUUUGUGAUUAAAAUAUUAGUAAAGGUUGAACUAUACUAAAUUAUGAUGUAUAAAAAUAUUGAAGAAUUGUCAAUUUAUGAAUUAAAAUAUAUAUCAUGUAUGGUUUUUGAUGGAUUAAAUUUGGAUACUCAAUAAAAUCAAUUAUUUUUAUAUUAAUUUGUUUAAAAAUAUUCAAAUAAAAGUGAAAAAUUGUUGUCUAUAAGAGAUUAAGAAUUUAAUAGAAAAUCUAUUGAAAUAAUUUAAUAAUUCAUACUAUAAACUAUUCUUAGACGUUUAGAAUGUCUUUCAGAAGAGAUUAAGAAUCCUUUUAAAUUAUUAUAGAUAUAUAUCAAUUAUAUUUAAACAUUAAUUGUAUUGAGUUUAUAUGUUGAAGCACAAUAAAUAAUUGAAUAAUUAUUUAGAUAUAAAUAAAAUAAUCCUUCUAAAAUAGCUUCAAAAACAUUUAAAUUAGUUAUAAGAGCUGAAUUAAAUUAAUUAUAUAAAAUCUAUUUUGAAAUUUUAGAAGAUAAGAUAAUUGCAAAUAUGCAAAAUAAAAUGAUUCAAUAAUCCUCAUUAUUAAAAUUAAAUAAUUAAACAAUAUCAUAAGCAAUUAAAUAACUUUCAAUUAUUAAUUCUAAUAAUAUUGAUGUAUAAAGUGUUUUUAAGGAUAUUCUAUUGUAAAAAAUAGAAUUUCUAAAUUUUGUUUAAAAGGAAUAGAUAUCAGAAUAAAUAUUUAGUAAUAAAGUUCAUUAAAUUUUGACAGAGUAAGAGCAUUUACUAACUAGGCUAAAAUCAAAUUUUGAAUUAUUUCCAAGUAAUAUCUUGUUAUUAAUUGAAUAGCAAUUUAGAAUUAAAGUAUUCUGAUGACAUACUAAGUUUAAAUUUUAAACAAUAUUUUGGAUGCAUAUCAAUUUAGUUAAAUGAUUGCAUUAGAUGAAGAUAUUAUCCUUAAACAUCAUUAAUCAGAAAUGGUUAAUUUUUUUAAUUAAUCAUUUAAUUUUGUGAUUUUUGAAAUUCAUGAUUUAUAAAAUAUAUAGAUAAAAUAUCAUUCAGCAAGUUAAAAUGAGAAUUUUACUUUAAAAGAAGGAAAUCAAUUGAGUUCAUUAAUUCCUUAAUCUUUAAAGAAUUUUCAUUAGUUAUUAAUAGAAAAGUUUUUGUAGGAAGGAUAAAAUAAAUUUUUUUAAGCAAUAGAUGAAACAUUCAUUUAGAUAAGAAAAGGUAUAUUUUAACCUAUUGAUAUUUGUAUGGAUUUAAAUUAUAACAAUACUUAAAAUAUAGAAAUAAUUACAGUAUAUCGUUCACCUUAGAGUGAAAAAUAAUUAAUGCUUGUUGAUUCUAAUUUAAGAUUACAGGAAAUUAGUCUUUAUUUAUUUUAAAAUGGUUUUAAUUUAUAAGAAAAUCAAAUAGAUUAUAUUACAGGUAUACAUAUAACUAAAGUGAUUCCUGCAUUUAAAAGAUAUAUAGAUGAAAAAGUCUUUGAAAUUAAGAAUUGUCCAAUCAAUUUUAUCAAUUUUUCAGAUGAAUAGGAUUCUAAAACAAAAUCAAAAACUCAUUAUAAUUUUGAUGAUUUUGAGUAAAUAUCUUUUUACUCUUGUCAUUUAAGUAUAGUUUAGAGAAUUUUUAUAGAUAACUAAUAUUAUUAUAUAUUGAAAGUGGAUAAUCUUAAAUUAGAUAGAGCAAAUUCAUAUAGUCAAUUUAAAAUGACUUAGAAUUCAGAACACUUUUGUGAGAUGGAUGAGGAAAUUGAAAUUAAUGUACCUGAUUUAGAAGAGUUUAAUUAAAAAUAAAUAAUUUUAAAUACUGAAAGAUAGGAAGCUUAAAUGGAAUUAAUACAAAAUCAUUAAGAAUAUGAAUAAAAUUAUGAUAAGAAAUUUACUGAAACUUCAAUAUUUAAUAAAUAAAAAUAAUAAAAUUAAAUAGAAUAGAAUGAAGAUUCUAAUCUAUCAAGUAUUGCAAAAAUUAAAAGAUCUCCUUAUUAUAAAAAGUUUACUUAAUAUUCAACUAUUAUAAAUUCUCAAAUUAAAUCUAAAAAUUUGAUUGCUUUCAAUAUUUUUCAUUUAAUGUAUAUAAUUUUAAUUCUAACUUUUUCUAUUAAAGUGAUGAUUGUUACCUAUUAAAUUAAAGAAUAUAUAUCUUAAAUGAAUUUGUUAUCCAUUAAAAAUGAAGUUUAUUAACCAAUAGAAUCAUUUUUAUUAACAAGAUACACUAUUUUAACUUAUAGUACACUUUUAUAAACAAAAGCUAUUACAUAAAAUGAUUAUUAAUAUUUAAUAAAAUUUCCAAAUUCAAAUUUACUUUCAGGAUAUGAUGAUUUAAAAAUUAGUAUAACAAAAGUGUUAAAUAUUCCUGAAUUUUAACCCUUUUUAUAAGAAAAUUAUUAAAUUAUAACAUUAUAUGAAAAAACAAACAUUGGGAAGGAAUAUAAUAUUACAUUUCGUGAAGCUAUUCAUUUAUUAUUAAAUUAUUAAUAUGAAUACAAAUUAGCAUAUACUGUUAAAUCAAUUAUAGUAGAUGGUCCCUAUUUUUAUUAUUCCUAUAAAAACUAUAUAGUAUUGUUCAAUAAAUUCUUAGAGUUAUAAAAGUACACAUUAGAAUCCACUUUUACAUUAUGUGAUAUAAAUUUAAAGGAUAUACAAAUUUAUCUUGUAAUUUUUGAUAUUUUUGCUUUUUUAAUGGUUAUUGUAAAAGUUUACCAUAAGGGUCAAAUAAGAUAAUUUAAAAAUAAGAUUUUAACACUGAUUAGAAACUAAGACCUUCAUUAAAAUGAAUAGGAUAUUAUGAAUUUAAAAUAAUUUUAGUUACAAAUAUUAAAUAAUAGACAUAUGAUUUAUGGAUAUAAAUUAAAUUUAGAUAUGAUUGAUUAAUCAUUAAGAACUCGUUAAUAAAAUUUUAAAUAAAGAUAAAUGAAUUAAAAGAGAUAAGUAUCUUUAAAAAUGAAGAAAUAGUUAUUUUUGAUAAGUUUUCAUUAUUUAAUAUUUUUUGGAUUAAGUUUUGCAUUUUACUUAAUUAUUAGAAAUUAUUUAGAUAAUUAUAAAUAAACUGCUUUAUAUUAUUAAAAAAUAUCAGAUACUAGUGUUAAUGUAUUAAUAAUUUAUGCUUGGAAAGAAGCUUUAUAUUAUAAAUCUACAUUUACAUUUCUUAAUUCUACAGAAAUUUAAUAAUUUUAAGAUCAUAUUUAAAAUAGUUUAAUUUCUUUGUAAGAAAUUGCAUCAAGUUUAGUCAAUAUAAAUGAAUUAAAUUUCUUAUUUGGAGAUUCAACUGAAAAAAUAGUUAAUUUAUUAACAUAAGAUUCAGUCUGUGAUAAUUUAAGUGAUGUAUAGAAUAUAUAAUAUUUAGAAAUACAAAAUAAAAGCAGAAUCUAUUUGUGUUUAUGUAAUGUAAGGUGUUUUGACUAAAGGAUUAAUUAAUUCAUUAAAUUAUAUGAUUAAUAGUGUUAAAACUGAAUAUGAUACUACUAAUUUUGAUACUAGAUUAGCUUAUCAAUAAUUAGAAUUAGAAGGAGCUUCUCUUGUAUCUGAUGUUUUACAGUAACUUACUACUUCUCUAAAAGAAGAAUUCAGUACAUUAACAUAAGAUAUGCAAUUAGAAAUAUUUGUAAAUAAAGAAGUUUAAUUUUUAGAUUUCUGUAUCUAUUUUUAUAAUAUUUGAACUUGUGACAAUAUAUUAUAUAAAUUAUUCAUAUAAAAUUGAAUAAAAUAGAAUAGAUUUAUUAAAGAAGUUCAUUUAUUUGAUGCCUUCAGGAACAUUAUUUUAUGAUGAAUACUUUUAAAGAUAAGUUAAAAGAGUAAUGAUUAAUGAAAAAAUAGCUUGA